CCCACGUUUGGGUCACUUUUCUGCAAACGAAGACUUCUAUAUAUGCUUUCCAUGGGCCAAGCAGAUAGGCUUAUCCGCUUCAAUCCAAUCGCGAGACCCGGACCGGAUAAUAUAAUGAACACGGAAUUUAACCUGCUCACUGAAAAGUCAGAUCAGCAUCUCCUUUCCGAUCUCUUCCCGGAAGAAGCUGGCUCGAAUAUGUAAAGCUCUGUCUUUUUCUUUGAUUCAUUUCCUUCAUUUUACUCCGAAGCGUUUUAAUACCUUUGCGUGUUUGGAUUUUUGAUGAUUUGUGCGGAAACACAGUGAAAAUCUAUAUUUGUUCGUUGCAUGACGAGCGCUUCGGAGCUAUUCUACAACAGGAGGACUCGUCUGGGUCGGGGCAGCUCGGAAUUCGAUUCUGCCUUCGACCGGACAUGUCUUCAUAACGAUGUCGGUAGUCACCGUCACAACGGCCGCCAGCGUAGCAGCAACGGGACUCGCCGAGCAGGUAGACUUGAUUUGAUCGACCAUGAUCCUCUUCCCCGGUGUAGAAUUCCACUCCGUCGUUCCUCUGUUCAGGAGCAUGUACCAGCUGGCAUUGAAUCUCUUACCAGUCUAGCUUCUCCUGGAACUGUUAGCACCUUAGAAAAUGAAAUCAGUAUACACAAUAGUUUUAUAACUAAUAGGAAUGGUGGGCUUCCUGGACCUGUCCUACUUGCAAGGGAAAGGCUUCUUCAAAGGUUGAGAGGUGUUUCUCUAUCUGGAAACAGGUGCAAUAGUAAUACGGUGUCAACAAACAGCCACAGUAGAAACUUGACAAUAGAAGAUGACUUCAGACUUGCCGGUGAAAGGGACCAGGUAGCAAGAACAGGCAUAGCCACCGACCUCAACCAGAUGGGCAAGAUCAAGAAACCGCCAGGGCUGACCCAGGAGUCAAUGGAAUCUCUGCGAGUUGAAAUUUUCAACUUGGACGACAGUGUACCGCAAGACUGUAGCAUUUGUUUGGAGACUUUCUUGGAUGGAGAGGAGCUGUUUCAUUUGCCGUGUGGGCAUAGAUUCCAUAAUGGCUGCUUGAUUCCCUGGGUCCGGACUUGUGGUGACUGCCCUUACUGUAGAACAGAGAUGGCGAGAUGUACAUGGACAUUUUUCUUUUCAAGUAGAGAGACUGAUCCGGUGAAGAUUUCCCAUCUACGGACAUGUAGUUGUUGUUGAUACCAUUGUAUGCUAUGGAGAACCAUUUCAGGGACAUUUCCGAAAAUCCUGAGUGGUCAGGGGGUUAUAUGUGAUUGUCAAAAACCUUGAGGGUCAUUUGGUAAUUUGAUCAAACUUUGGAAGUAGGUGCAGUUAAUCCACUGGAGAGGUAGUUUAUAACAUGGCUGACCAAACCAGAAGGUAGAUGAGAACUAAUGGACAUCUUUGUUACAAGUUGCAACCAUGUAUACACUAACUCAAAGUUAUUCCAACUUAGCUUGGGCGUAACAGUAUAUGCAAAUAUGCAAUAUUUGUAGUUAAUGCAGAAAUUGCAAUUACUUCUUAAGUUAAAAACCUUUUAUUCUUUGUUGGUUAGCACUAAGGUGAUUAUCUUCAAACACUUGUUGAAAAUCAAUAUUGUAUCCCUGUAAUUGUCUCAUUUUUUCAUUUUUGGAUGUACUUCUAUUAUUGUCAC